AAAAUAUUUCCGAUCAACAUUCUAAAAUUUCCAGACAAAAAAAAAAAAAAAAAAAAACCGAUCCGAAUUCUAAUUCAUACAUACCGAUCUUCUUGUUGUAACGAUUCUGAUCGCUCUGUUGAAGAAUCUGAUUCUUUGGUCAAUGUAAAAAUGGUUGCUGAAGCAGAGGUUAUUGUUUGUCCGAAGAGCCUCCCGGUUCUAGAGGUGCCGUAUUACAGUAAGGAAACUCGUCUUGAGGAAAUUGAGUCCAUUAAUGGUGGUAUUUUGAUCGAUCCGACUUUCAAUCGUGUUCGUGCUUCCGAGCCCGUUUCUUCCAGUUCACAAUCGGAUAUUAAACCCAUGAAGAAAAUUCCAGAUCCCGACACCGACAAGGCAAAGGAUAAGGAAUUUCCGAAUCUCCGGUCGGGUAGCUUUGCUGAUAUUGGACCGAGGAGAUACAUGGAAGAUGAACAUAUAAGGAUAGAUGAUUUGUCUUCACAUUUAGGAUCGCUGUUUAAGUUUCCUAAGCCAAGUGCCUUCUAUGGGGUGUUUGACGGACAUGGAGGUCCUGAAGCAGCAGCUUAUAUCAGAAAGAAUGUUCUUAGACUCUUUUUUGAGGAUGUCAAUUUUCCUCAAAUGCCAGAUUUCGAUGAAGUCUUGCCGGAGGAGAUACAAAAUUGCCUCCGGAAAGCAUUUCUUCUGGCUGAUCAAGCUCUAGCUGAUGAUUCUGGUGUCAGUAAUUCGUGUGGAACGACGGCCCUGACAGCCCUUGUGCUUGGAAGGCAUUUAAUGGUGGCGAAUGCUGGAGAUUGCCGGGCUGUUCUCAGCCGGAAUGGAGAGGCAGUAGAUAUGUCACAAGACCACCGGCCAAUUUAUUCGCUGGAGAAGCAACGGGUGGAAGAGCUGGGUGGCUAUGUUGAUGGUGGCUAUCUGAACGGUGUUUUAUCGGUGUCAAGGGCGUUGGGGGAUUGGGACAUGAAGCUCCCACAUGGCUCUCCUUCACCUCUCAUUGCAGAACCAGAAUGCAAGCAGGUGGUUCUUACAGAGGAGGAUGAGUUCUUGAUCAUAGCUUGUGAUGGGAUUUGGGACGUGAUGUCGAGCCAACAAGCGGUCAAUGUAGUUCGACAGGGGCUUCAACGACACGCCGACCCAGAGCGGUGUGCUCGAGAGCUCGUCCUGUGUGCUUUGCGAUUGGACUCAUUCGAUAAUCUGACUGUUGUGGUGGUUUGCUUCUCUAGUUUUCAUGGCGACGGUUCCUCACUACCACAGCAGAGAAAAUUGAGAUACUGCAGUCUGUCUGCGCAGGCUCUUUGUAGUCUGCAGAGAUGGUUGGAUAACAGUGGAUGCCAAUGAGUGUAACUUCUUCUUCCUGUAAAAACGAGCACUACAAUCCCAUUUAUUGUAAUGUAAAUAAUUUUCAAGUACCAAGUUUUCUUCCUACUAAAUAAACCAGCUGGUCCCAGCAUAUUUUUGUGAA